AUGUCUAGCUCAAAUGACACCAAGUUUCACUCCUCUUCUUUCCUCUUGCUCGGGAUUCCAGGCCUUGAAAAGAUGCACAUUUGGAUCGGGUUUCCUUUUUGCUUUGUAUAUUUGAUUGCCCUUGUGGGGAACGUUACUAUCUUGUUUGUGAUCAAGACUGAACAUAGUCUUCACCAGCCCAUGUUUUAUUUCUUAGCUAUGUUAGCCUCCAUUGAUCUCUGCCUGUCCACCUCCACUAUUCCAAAGAUGUUGGGAAUAUUCUGGUUCAAUUUAAGGGAGAUCAGCUUUGUGGGCUGUGUUUCCCAGAUGUUCUUCAUUCAUAUAUUCACUGCUAUGGAGACUAUUAUGUUGGUCACCAUGGCCUUUGAUUGCUACACUGCUAUCUGCAACCCUCUGCAGCACAACCUAAUUCUCACUAACAGAGCUAUUGUUCUUGUCCUUGUAGUACUGUUUGGUGUCAAUUUCAUUUUGGUUAUUCCCAUGGUGUUUCUCAUCUUGAGGCUUCCUUUUUGUGGACACCAUAUAAUCCCCCACACUUACUGUGAGCACAUGGGAAUUGCUCAGCUGGCCUGUGCUAAUAUAAAGGUAAACAUGAUAUUUGGAUUAUUUCUUAUAUCAAUGGUAUUUGUUGAUGUACUUCUGAUUAUCAUCUCCUAUGUGAGAAUACUUCAAGCUGUCUUCUGCAUCCCUUCUUGGGAUGCCAGACUCAAGGCACUUAAUACAUGUGGUUCCCACAUCUGUGUCAUCCUAGCCUUCUUUAUUCCUGCUUUUUUCUCCUUUAUGACCCAUUGGUUUGGUAGAAAUGUCCCUGUAUACAUUCACAUUCUUUUGGCCAACCUAUAUGUUGUUGUUCCACCAGCCCUUAAUCCUGUCAUUUAUGGAGUGAGAACUAAGCAGAUUCGGGAGUGUGUUUCAAGCAUCUUUUGGAAAAUAAAACUGAUGUAA